AUGGCCAAGAUUUGGUGCAAAGAUGUUGUCGACGAGAUCCGCGCCCGGGUGACCUCUGCCAGCUGGCACGACCCCCACAAUGGCGGAACCUACAGCUUCCUCGAUGACAGCGCUGACGAUGUACUCCAGAUUCAGCGCGUUACGGCCAACAAGAAGUAUACGGACAAGAUGACCUUCACCUUCACGAAGCAGGGCCACAAGAAGGCCUGCGCCGUCCACGCGUGCUCGGAGUCACAGGUCUUUUCCAUCGCUGACUUCUCUACAAACUACUGCAACCUCCGAAACCUUUAUUGUGGCUCGGAGGACGGCUGCAAGCCAGUGCGCCACGACUUCUCCAGCGAGGAGUUGGACAUCUCUCCCUCGAUGGGUGCUGGUAACGACAAGUCGGCGUGCAUUGCAGGCGCGACGAAAGAUGCCUUGGUUGUGGACGUUUGA